AUGGCCGCUCUGGACCAUAAGCCUCCUAUUGACACUACUCAAUCACGAUGGAAAGGAAAGGGUAACAAGGAUAAUCGAGUUCUUGUAAAGUUCAGAACAACCAGCGACUCAGCAACAAUAACAACCCUAAGCACACUGGCAAAACCACUUCAGGCGAUCACCACUUGGGCUACCGCGCAUAUCCUAAGAAAGCGACACACAACCAUAAUUACCACCCACACUGUCAAGCGCGAAAAAGCAAAAACCCACACACAAGGCAAGGGAAAAGGGCACCAACCCCAAACGAAUAGCCCGGGGGGAGAAGGGCACGAUAGCAACAGUAUCACCACUCCUGAAACAUCGAAGAUUGUCAACACGAACACCAAGCGAGGCUGGGUAUCACUAAGCAUACCCAUAUGUCUUCGUACAACAAAGGCAUAG